UUGGCUGCAAUCGCAGGGGUGGGCCACUGAGCUCUCUCACCAAAACAGGCAUAAAAGGCAGUGUGUGUAGGUUUAGGGCACAGUGAAGCACCCAAUAAGCAGCUUCGACAGGGAGCUUAAAAACUAUCAGGUGAAAAAACAAAAGGGAAAGAAGCUCAGGAACAAGAAUUUUCAAACUGCACAUGGAGAGAUUUCCUUGAGAAAAUAUUUAGGUUAAAGAUUACUGACAGGUUUAAUAUUUGCAAGUGUAUUAAAUAAGACACAUUUUGGGACAUUUUCUUUUCUCAGUUGGGCCAAGAAAGAAAAAUAAGACAUGUCUCUGGAGGUGAAGGAGAAGACACACGUGCGCCUAGUGUUUCUGGGAGCAGCAGGCGUGGGGAAGACGGCCCUUAUCAGACGCUUUCUCCAAGACACCUUUGAACCCAAACAUCGGCGUACUGUGGAGGAGCUGCACAGUAAAGAAUAUGACAUUGGCGGGGUCAAGGUCACCGUGGAAAUCCUGGACACCAGCGGUAGCUACUCCUUCCCCGCCAUGCGCAAGCUCUCAAUCCAAAGCAGUGAUGCCUUCGCACUGGUGUACGCUGUGGAUGACCCAGAAUCACUGGAGGCUGUCAAGAGCCUCCGAGAUGAGAUUCUUGAGAUCAAAGAGGACAAGUACACACCAAUCGUGGUGGUGGGAAACAAGGUGGACAGAGAAGAGGAGCGUCAAGUGUCCAACGCGGAUGUGCUAUCAACUGUAGAGAUGGACUGGAACAACAGUUAUGUGGAAACUUCAGCAAAGGAAAAUUCCAAUGUCGUUGAAGUGUUCAAGGAGCUCCUGCAACAGGCAAACCUUCCCAGCCGCCUCAGCCCCGCACUACGUCGACGCAGGGAGACCUUUCCAAAAGACACCGAUUUUCGGCCACCCAUGAACAAGACCAACAGCUGUAUUUUGUCAUAGUGAGUGUCACAGGAGGGGAGAUGGUGUUUUGAUUCACAAAAAGCCAGGGUGGAUGAGAAUAUGGAAGGUAUGUUGUGAAACUCAGUGGUGCUGGACAGAGAGAACGAGAGAGAAACCUGGACAUCAUAAGAGCUGCCUGGCUGGGAUUAUGGACACACACAAACACACACAAAAAACACUUCAGGAAGAAGAAAAUAAGUACAGACCGAACCUAAACAGACUGCUACCUUAUGAAUAUCUGUGAACCUAAAAUAAAAUGGAGAGAAUGAAUUAGAUGUUCACUUGAUGUAACGUUGUUGUUGCUUAUUUGGUGACAUGCUGCUGGUGUUCAGAUCACUGUAAAGCUAUUGAAUUUCCUCAUGUUAAGCUAUCUGGACUGUUGCUAUCCUUUGUUUACUAAGGGGAAGUAUGUGUAUAUAUGUAUCAGGUGUGGUCACUGCAAAAGUUGUAUAUCUCAUGUAAUUUUUUUUUUUAACUUAGUGAUUCACCUGUAGCACAUGAUACUGUUUGAAUUUUUUUUAACUGGGAUUUUCUACUAAGCAUAACAUUACCCUUGUAUUAAAAAAAACUGUGGUCAAAUGGAAAUAUAAAUGCACUUUUCAUUUUGAUGUGGCCAUUCAAAAUGCUUGUUUUUAUAAAUUUCAUUUUUUUAUCAUCACAUGUGUUCAUAUAUUUUUUAGCUGUUUAUUUAACAAAUGUAUGUGGAAUAGUGUCUUUAAUGUGUAAUAAAAGCGAAAAGCAACACUUGUGAAAAUGUUUCCGUUUCUGUAAAUAAACAUACCUAGGUAUAUAAUUAAAGACAUGAAAAAUAGAUAAGCAUUGAUAUGUAUGUGAAGAAGUACAAUGUCAAUUUUAUUCCACCCAUGCAAUUCAGAGGGGCUGGACCCUUUACCAGCUUUCAUAGGGCGAAUGAUAGGCAUACACCCUGGACAAAUCACCAGCCUGUCACAAGGCUAACACAGAGCGACAGACAGCCAUUCACAGCUACAGCCAAUUUCAAAAUGCUCAUGCAUAUCUUAAACUGAAAUGCCCCAGCAGGCCAGUGGAUUUAAACUCAGGGCUUUCAUUCUGUGAUGCAACAGUGUUAACCACAGCACCAGAAUUAUUAUUUACAUUAAAGGAUGUCAGGAGGUUACAAAUGAAUAAGGUAGUAAUAAGGUCACAAAAUAAGCAAAAAGACAAUAGAAACCGUGCU